GUUUGUAGCGGGAGAUCAGCUGCAAGUCUGGGUGAUCUCCAGCCACCACCUGGAGGUUGGCAACCGUAAAUAAUAACCUGGCCGGCGCUGCUUUUUGCGCCCCCUCCCUCCACGUGCAUGCCCAGGUGCGCCAAGGCGCUGCAUCGAAGGGUCGGCCCCGCAUCGCCCGACCGGCCUUUCCUUCCCGGGCGGCGGGCGCCGCGGCUGCCUCUUGCGAGCUCCGCUGCAGGCCCUGCCCGCCUUCCCCGGCCUAGAGCGCGGCGGACGCUUUAAGGGGCGGCCCUUCCUCCGGAGGCGCAGCCGCGGCAGGGAGCGGAUCGGGGUGUGCGGCCGAGCAGCCCGAGCGGCGAGGCCUCCCUGCCCCCGCAGGCCAAACUGCCCCCGUGGUCGUGUGAAUCCCCGCGGCAGGUCAGCCUGGCCCCGGGGAGGACGCGCGCCUGCAGACCCGCGUCCGCAGCUCUUCAGCUCUGCUUUGAUUCUGUCCUCGACGCGGAUCUCCGGCGUGCCCGAGCUCCGGACACGCGUCUGCCGGCGCACGUCUGGACAGGCCCGCGCGGCGUGUCUGGUGCAGCGGGGCGCCUCCUCUUGACCUGUGUUUGCUUGGCUCGGCAGAUUCCUCCGUCGGCGCCAUGGCCCAGAGGGCCUUCCCGAACCCCUUCGCGGACUAUGACAAGUCCUUGGCCACGGGAUACUUCGACUCGGCCGGCAGGCUGACUCCGGAGUUCACGCAGCACUUGAACAAUAAGAUCAGGGAACUUCUGCAGCAGAUGGAAAGAGGCCUGAAGUCUGCCGACCCCCGGGACUGCACUAGCUACACUGGAUGGGCAGGCAUUGCUUUGCUCUACUUGCAUCUGUUUGACGUGUACGGUGACCCUUCCUACCUUCAGAUGGCCCAGGAGUACGUGAAGAAGAGCCUUGGCUGCCUGACAAAACGGUCCAUCACUUUCCUGUGUGGGGAUGCUGGGCCUUUGGCGGUGGCUGCCGUCGUGUACCACAGGCUACAGAAUGACAAACAAGCAGAAGAUUGUAUCGUUCGCUUGCUGCAUCUGCCCAAACUUGACUCACGGGUUCCUGAUGAGAUGCUGUACGGCCGAAUGGGUUAUCUCUAUGCUUUGCUCUUUGUGAACAAGCAGUUUGGAGAGGAAAAGAUCCCACAAAACCACAUCCAGCAGGUCUGUGAGGCAGUUCUGGCCUCUGGUGAGAACCUGGCCAAAAAGCGGAACUUCACUGCCAAGAGCCCCCUGAUGUAUGAAUGGUACCAGGAAUAUUAUGUGGGAGCAGCCCAUGGCCUAGCAGGGAUUUAUUACUAUCUCAUGCAGCCUGGGCUUGGUGUGAACCAAGCCAAGCUGCACAGUGCGGUCAAGCCCAGCGUGGAUUAUGUUUGCCAGCUGAAGUUCCCCUCUGGCAAUUUCCCUCCGUGCAUCGAGGACAACAGAGACUUGCUGGUGCAUUGGUGCCACGGGGCGCCAGGGGUGAUCUACAUGCUCCUUCAGGCCUAUAAGGUGUUUGGGGAACAGAAGUACCUCAGUGACGCCUUGCAAUGCGCCGAAGUGAUUUGGCAGUGGGGGUUACUGAAGAAAGGUUACGGGCUGUGUCACGGGACAGCUGGCAACGCAUAUGCCUUCCUGACUCUCUACAACCUCACUCAAGAUGUGAAAUAUCUCUACAGAGCUUGCAAGUUUGCUGAAUGGUGUUUGAGUUACGGACAGCAUGGGUGUCGGACGCCAGAUACUCCCUUUUCUCUCUUCGAAGGAAUGGCUGGCACCAUCUACUUCCUCGCUGAUCUUCUGGUACCAACCAAAGCAAAGUUCCCAGCUUUUGAACUUUGAAGCCUCAUCCUGCAGUGACUGGCAUGCCGCUUGUUGCACUUUGUUCCACUGGAAAAGGCAGAUUAAACAGGCUAUCGUUUCAUUUCUUGGCUAACGGAGCAAAAUGUUGAGGCCACACUUGUUUUACAUUGUUUUCAGUGUCUGAUCCGCUCAGAGUUAGUAGCCUGCCUUUCUUCUUCCUCAGCGUUCUUUACGUUUUCUAAAACAAGAACUUUGGUUCUUAAAGCAGGAAAAAUGCACAAUGUUUUGUUAGAGUGUAUUUAAAAUAACUUUAGAAGGUUGCUAUUUUAUAUAUCUGGGGAAGGGAAACUUUUCUGUUGCAGGCAGCUCGGUAGGCUUAGCUGCUUCAGAGAAUGUCUUUAGUAGAUGCAAAGGGCGUUGGUCUCAUUUCUUGUUCAGUGUCAUCCCCGCGGCAUAGAGUUCUUUAGAUGCCCGGCAAGAAUGUUUACCAAGGACAUCCCCUGUGGGGGGGCCACACCUACUCUGAGAAUGUAUCAAAGUCCUUUCUUGGGGGCUGCAUCUUUAUAUACACAAGUUCUGUUUAUUGCUGUCGGUGGCUGAGAAGUGGACCUUGAGCUGAUAUGCCAUUCUUUCAAUACUUUAAAGAUCUCUGGCAGUCCAGGUCAGCUCUCGCUCGGUGCAUUCUGUCGGCACUGAACAGAUUGGGAACACAUUUGCUCCCUGUAGCUCAGCAGUGCAUUAUGGAAAGUUUGUAGAAAACACUAUCACAACCUUAUGUAAGUUUGACUUAGGCUGCGGAUGUUCCAAAAAUGCAGUAAAGUAUGAACUCACAGUUGGGCACCGAGCAUUGAGCUGAUCUGGGGCUAAGUAAGACCUAAAUGUCAUUGGUGGCUGAUCGCUAUGCUCCUCUUAUCCCAUUGGUUGUUGGAAGGGACUAUUCAUUCCUCUGAUUCAUUCACCCACCGUUGACAUUAAUUACUUCUCUUCCAGUGUAAAGACAAUGGGCAGCUAAAAAAAAAAAAGACGCUGGUAGCAGAUUAUUUGCCGUCUCGUUUAGAAAGCCAUAUUAAACUCAUUUAAGUGAGCCUACGCCGUAAGGUGUGUGGGGCAGGUGUUAGAAUUCACUUUGAAAAUCUUUGCAAAAUAUUUCGGUGUCAUUUGUAUGGGUCAUUAAUUUUAAGCGGGGCUGUCCUGCCUUUGGUUGAGUGGCAUCGCUGUAGAAAUUAAAGCUGGUUUUGGACAA